AUGCGACGAGUGUUACUCCGCCUUUACGGCUUGGGUUUAGGACCCCGUACCGGUGAACGAGUGGCCUUCGCCGAAUUACGACCGGCCACCCCCCCUAACGUUUCGGUAGCCAACGGUACCUGCCCGGAACGAUCGCAGGAUCUAUUGGUUCAACCGGGACCGGCCGAAGCCUGCGACACCUCGGCCCUGCUGAGGGUGCGAGUCCAACCCUUACGUAAAGACGAACAGGCCAAAACUUACGUCCUCUGCACCCAACGCCGGCCCGGCCAACCCUGGCUUCCCCAUCAAGGUGCCGACGGCCGCAUCGUGGUGUUGGAAGAGAAGAAGUCGCUUUUACCCCUCUGGUUGCAGGUGAUCCUCAUCGCCGGGUUGUUGGUGCUGUCGGGGAUGUUCAGUGGGCUCAACCUGGGCCUGAUGGCGCUGGAUCCCAUGGAGCUGCGCAUCGUGCAGAACUGCGGCACCGAUAAGGAGAAGCGUUACGCCCGCAAGAUCGAACCCAUCCGCCGUAAAGGCAACUAUUUGCUCUGCUCCCUCCUGCUGGGCAACGUGCUGGUUAACACCACCCUCACCAUCCUCCUCGAUGACCUCAUCGGCUCCGGCAUCGGCGCCGUCGUGGCUUCCACCAUCGGCAUCGUCAUCUUCGGGGAGAUCGUGCCUCAAGCGCUCUGCUCCCGCCACGGCCUGGCGGUGGGCGCCAACACCAUCGUGGUCACCAAAUUCUUCAUGCUGGUGACGUUCCCCCUCUCCUACCCCAUCAGCAAACUCCUCGACUGCAUCUUGGGCCAGGAGAUCGGCACCGUUUACAACCGGGAGAAGCUGGUGGAGAUGUUGAAGGUGACGGAACCCUACAACGACCUGGUGAGGGAAGAGCUCAACAUGAUCCAGGGGGCCCUGGAGCUCCGUACCAAGACGGUGGAGGACGUGAUGACCCCCCUGCAGAACUGCUUCAUGAUCAACAGCGACGCCAUCCUGGACUUCAACACCAUGUCGGAGAUCAUGGAGAGCGGCUACACCCGCAUCCCCGUCUACGAGGACGAGCGUUCCAACAUCAUGGACAUCCUCUACGUCAAGGACUUGGCUUUCGUCGACCCGGAUGACUGCACCCCUCUCAAAACCAUCACCAAAUUCUACAACCACCCCGUCCACGUCGUCUUCCACGACACCAAGCUGGACGCCAUGCUGGAGGAGUUCAAAAAGGGGAAGUCCCACCUGGCCAUCGUGCAGAAGGUGAACAACGAGGGCGAAGGAGAUCCCUUCUACGAGGUGCUGGGGCUGGUGACGCUGGAGGACGUCAUCGAGGAGAUCAUCAAGUCGGAGAUCCUGGACGAGUCGGAUACGUACACCGACAACCGCAGCAAGAAGCGGGUGGGCAACCAGAAGAACAAGAGGGACUUCUCGGCCUUCAAGGACCCCGUCAACGAGCUGAAGGUGAAGGUCUCCCCGCAGCUGCUGCUGGCCGCUCACCGCUUCCUCUCCACGGAGGUGACACUUUUCACCCCCAACUUCAUCUCGGAGAAGAUCCUGCUGCGCCUCCUCAAAUACUCCAACGUCAUCCAGGAGCUGAAGUUCGACGAGGAGAACAAGAAAUCCCCGCGUCACUUCCUCUACUGCAAGAACAAAGCAGCCGACUACUUCAUCCUCAUCCUGCAGGGCAAGGUGGAGGUGGAGGCCGGCAAGGAAUGCAUGAAGUUUGAAGCGGGAGCUUUCUCCUAUUACGGGGUGAUGGCCCUCAGCCCCUCUCCUGUAUCGGAGAUCCGUUCCCCGUCCCACGUCAGCAGCCUCAACCGCUCGGCCUCCCUCAGCUACCACGAACGCUCCGACUCCGUCUCUUCCCCCGUCAGCGGCAGCAACAACCAGCUCAACGCCGGCACCGGCGCCCAGUACGUGGCCGACUUCAGCGUCCGCGCUCUCACCGACCUCCAGUUCGUCAAGAUCACGCGGCAGGAAUACCAGAACGGCCUGACGGCUUCCCGCAUGGACAGUUGUCCCCAAUCCCCCGACAGCAACGCCCCCAAACCGGACGCCGGUUUACCGGAAAAACCGGAACCUUCCGCCACUGCCGACGAGACCACCAGUCUCCUGAACGAGAGGAACUGCCUGAGCCGCCGAAGCAACCGGGGCACCUGA